UUGAAUUCCUCUUGAAAACCCCAUUCGCUGUCUGCACGCAAUUCUAGUCAUCCUACAAAAUAAUGGAGACCGCGUAUCUACUCUGCUCUACCAUCCUUCUGAGCCAUUUGGGUUCGAUUCCAGCGAAUAUUAGGUGCUCUCAAAUAAUUUAUCGUGAAGAAAAAUCGUACAGAUUGAUCAGGAGUCGCGCCCGAUCAACCUUGACUGCGUUAUCGAGAAGAAACGUGUCGGAUCUGAAAAAAUGCAAGGAGUUUGCGGUCGCUAAAAAGGCCCUGGCAUUCAACUUUGGUCGGAGAAUAUCAGAUGGAGUGGCCGCUAAAUCUGAAUACAACUUGGCAAAUUGCAUUGCCUUGGGAUGCCCGGAGGUCGAUGGAUUUGCCGAUCUCGUUUACGACUUGAGAUUCGAUUACUACAGCCUCUACAAAGCUGAUGAUAACCCGUUGAACGGAUCAGAGAAAACGCGUACCUGCGUUCCGACUGUAGGACUGUUUGAAUUCUCUGAUGUUCCUAAAGACUUCACCGAGGCUCGUAAGGAUUGUGCGGCUUCCGGAGGAACGUUGGCGCAUAUAGCCAGUCCUGAAAGAACUAAACUGCUGCCCAAUUUGAUCGAAAAUAAUCUAAAAACUGACGGUCGUGCCUUUGUCGGUCUGAGUAGACGAGGGAAAGGGACCAUAUGGAAAAAUGAAUUCGAUGAUCCCUUGGGAUGUUUCGACUUCAGGGGAUGGGCUAGGAGGGAACCUCGCUCUCGCAGGGGCUGUGUUGCUUUGGAUAAGGAUCGAACUUGGACGGUGGUUUCCUGCGAUAAAUCGUUACCCUUCAUCUGCGAGAUACUGCCGACAAUUUCAGCGACUCGUAGGAAGGGUCAAACUCCAGUACGAGAGAAUCAUAUGAAAAAUAAAUGAGAUGAACAAAUCGAGUUUAGUAAUAAAUUGAGGAAUCCACACGAUACGUAUGAUUAUUAUUCAGGUUUAUUCAACAAUGACUUCGACAACGACAAUGUCAUCGAGAUUGUAAAUAUUCUACCUAAAUUUGAUAGUUCAGUUGGAUUCAUAUACCACUACUAUUUUGUUGAUGGUUUUUUCAGCUACCAUCUAUCAUCUAAAAUUCUUUUGUUACAUUUUCACAGAAUUUCAUUAAACUUUACAAUACCUAUAAUUAAUUACAUUUUUUUUUUCUUUACCGUGGUUCAAUCUGGGCCUGCACGAUACACAUUCUGAGAAUUGCCCAACAAUUACCUCUGUUCUGAUGCGCAUUUGAGCCGUAGACAUACCGAUAUAUCCGAAAACAAAUUUUUUUUUU